AAAUAUUGAAAUUAACAAUAUUUUAAGAGAGUUUCGAGAAAUAUUAAAGGAACUUGCUAAAACCAAAGAUGAUAAAGAAGUAAAAUAUUGGUUAGCCUAUUAUUUAUGGCAUGGAAUUGGUUGA